UUCUUCCAGAGCUUUCCUCCACAUCUCACAGGCCUCACCAGCAGAGGCUGUUGGUUUGAAAGCUGAUGCUAAUCACGCUAACGGCACCACGGCUCCAACGGGCCCAUAAAAGUAUUGCAGCCGAGUGCAUUUUGCCCCUUUUUUUUCUUUCUUUUCUUUUAUCCAUCUGAUAGUAAUUAUCCAUGUGGCGAAGAAUGCUCGUUGCCUUCGUGCCAAGAACAUAGUUGGCAGAACAAAGAGGAGAGAGAAAGAGGAAGCUUGUAGAUUGCGAGCUGAAGGUCCAGACUGAGGAGGCAUUCCUGUGAUUUAAUAUGACACGAUUACUGGAAAGAUGUCUGUGAAGCCGAGUGCAGGAGGUGCAGCGGCGUGUCACGUUUGUGGGGAGAGCUGCACUGGAUUCCAGCCGCAUUCCUGGAGGAAAGCCUGCGUCUCCUGCGGCUGCAGCGCGGUCGACCACGCGCCAGGAAGUGACGUGGAAGAGGACCAGCGAAUGGGACGCCUGCUCGCGGACUCGCCCUGCUCCCAUUUGACGGUGAAGGUCAAGGGGGGCGGCGGCCUCCGCGUGUACAAGAGGAACCGCAUGAUCGUGACCAAUCCGGUGGUGGCGCGCAAAGAGGCGACCUUCAACACCACGACGUACGACUGGGCGCCGGCCGGCCUCAACCAAACGCUGGCCAUGCAGUACAUGGAGCUCAUCCCACAGAGUCAACAUCCCGUCUUGGGGACAGAUGGAGCGUUGGAGCGACAGAGGCAGCUCUCCAGUCAGCUCCCGGCCUACGACCAGGACCCCAUGAAGUGUCAGAGCCUGGCCAGUGAGGAGGAGAUUUCCACCAUGCUGCUGUUUGUGAAGAGCUACAAACAGGAGGUGCUGGGAGUCGGGGAGGUGGCCUUGCCCGGUGAGGGCGGAGCUCUGAUGGAAGCAGCCAAUCAGAGGACAGCGAAGGACGCCAAGGACGGCAGCCACAGCGGCAGGAAGGAUGCCGCGGCGCACCAGGACCACGGCUCCUCCAACAGCGCCACAGCCUCUGCUACCGUCUCCACUAACGGAACCGAUGACCAGACAGGACACCGCUGCACCGGUUGCCGCGGUGAGGUCGCCAAGGAGAGUCCAGCCGUGUACGCUGAGCGUGCAGGUUACCAUGGCGCCCUCUGGCAUCCCACCUGCUUCGUGUGUUCAGAGUGCGGCCGGGGGUUGGCGGACCUGGUCUACUUCUGGUCCGGCCAGAAGCUGUUCUGUGGACGGCACUACUGUCAGACGGUCUGGCCGCGAUGCUCCGGCUGCGAUGAGUUGAUCUUCUGUCAGUCUUUCCACACGGCAAAAGAUGGACGCACGUGGCAUCGUCAUCACUACUGCUGCUGGAAGUGCGGGCAACACCUGGACACGCCCUGUCAGCACUGAGGCAGGUGGUCAGUCUGAAAAAAAAGUUUGAGCACGGCUGAAAAAUCUGAAUUUACAGGGAAAGGCAAAAAAAAAAAAAAAAAGAAAUCUGAUUUUGAGUGUAGUUGUUUUGCUUGUUUCAUAUAGAUCAAAUAAAAAAGUAGAGCUUUAAAUCUUUAAUUGUGUGUAUGCAGUGAUGGAGCUGAAGUACUCUGGUUCUCUCGGUCUCCGCCUUCAUCACCUCCUUUAUGCUUUUCCCUCCUGAAGACAUUAAAUAAAAAGAAGUAAUACAUAACUAAUACCAAACAAAAGGGGCUCAAAGUCUUUAAAUGUGAUGUUUAUUUGAGAUGUACUCAUUUAAAAUACUGUAUCCUUCAAGUCCAGUUGAUAUUUGGAUGUUUAUAACACUUAGCGGACGUUGAAGUAUUUAAAUACUUGUUGGCGUUUGAGGUACUUAAACGUCAAGUUGACAAAAAGGGUUUGAAGUACCACAACCAACAUCUGGUGGAUUUAUUAGCUCUUCCAUUGGACGAGCUGCUUUCAGAUACACACCGCAGCUCAAUGGACCGUUUAGGAAACAAAUGAGUAAAUUAAAAUAAUAUGAGAAAUAAAUGAAUAUAAAACAAAAAAAAGGUCCAGGCCGGUUUCAGCACUUUUUUUUGGGGAGGAUUUUAUUUCCCUUGUUGGCUCAGAAGUUGAGCUUGAAAGUACAUUUUCUUGGCUUUGGAAAGAGCAUUUUUUUGAGAAGACAGCCAGGACUCAGGGUCCACUCACACUCACAGGUUGGGCCAGUUGGAGGGAAUUUGGAGCUCUCUUCUUGCUUUUGAAAACAACACACACGAUUAGAAUUCACAGAACUUCACGACAGUAAAAAUAUUUGUACGAGAAAAGGUCAAGAAAACUGGAUUUUACCCUGAAAGGUCUCCUUCAUCCAGUCAUAGUAUAGAACAAGCACACUGCAAACAAGUUGCAACCGGUGCCUUUAAUGUGUGCCAGUGCAGUGAGAACAUUUAAACUUAUUUUCAAUAGAGAUCAACUUGUGUUUUGGGUUUUAUUUUGAAUAUGUGCAGAUUUGGGUUUCACUUCAAUUGUUUGAUUCAAACCUCGGAGAACUGGACAGGAAGUAGGUUGGAAAAGGCAUACAUCUGAUUCAUAAUAAUAAUACUCUUUAAACUAGAGUAGAUUUAGACCCUCUGUCUUUUAAUACCCAUCAAAGUCUUUAUACUUCCUGGUUCACAAAUACGUGGAUUACACCAUAAUUGAUUACUUGCAUUGUAUAAUAAUAAAAGUGCAUUACUUUUCAUAGGUAUAGCUUUACAAACAGUGUGUGAGAAGCAUUGUGACGUGCUUAGCACCAGAACUGUAAGCGAGGGGCUAACGGCUUAUAGCCGAGCUCCGUCAUUUAUGAAAUAGAUAUUUAUCUUUGUUUGGGUAAAAAAACUAAAAACUGAUCACUGAAUUCCACAGUGAAGAGUGAACCAUAGGAAAUCAGAUUAAACUGUUUUAAAUCAGAAGCGAUGGUGUUGACAUGUUUUCUGCUGACCGUGUU